GUAGCUCAUGGCGUUCCGGGCUCCCACUCGCCAGCGCCCGAACCCCCGGCCAGUGCCCUCCCUCUGGAGCAUCGCACUCAACAAAGCCGCCACCAUGGCCAUGGCCGGCGAGGGCAGCAGCAGACGUGAGGCCCUCCUCGCGCAGCUCAGCAGACAGCCCAUGACGGAGAUCCCAGCUGGCGUGACUCUGCCGGUGGCCCUCGAGCAGCAUAAGGAGCAGAUCAUGACUCGGGAGGGCCUCCAUGGCGUGCUGUCGUUCGCCACAGGCAAUGACCUGGAGGCGGCCAUCAAGACGGUGUACGUGCUGGAGAAGGGCGGGGCGUGGCGGGAGUGGGUGGGGCCUCUCCAUCUCGCCAAGCACCACGGGUGGGUGGAUGCCCUGCCCAUCCAGCUGGCGGCCGACGACCUGCAGCACAUCGGAAGCAAGGCCACAUUCGCCAGGCGGCCUGAGAGGGUGCGCCAGUACACCCUGUUUAGCCAUCGAUUGCGCAAGGGGGGCGAGGAUCUGAGUUUCGAGGAGAUGGAGGAGAUGGGCACGUGGGGGUACCAUGAGGGGCGGUCGGAUGGCUGCUACUUCCCGUAUGUCGCCAAGGACCCGCCGUGUGACGAUAGCGACAGUGAGCCAAACACGAUGAACCACAGAUAGUUUCAGACAUUCAUAGCCCCCAUGUUGUCCAUUUGCUUUGUGUGUGCAGACUUGUCUGGUGACAAUGGGACAUUUGCUACCUUUAGAGGUGCCGUCCUCUUCAGGUACAGACACACAUACGCAACAGGGAGAACAGAGGAGGUCAUUCAUCAAUCGCAUUUUCCUCCGUUGCCUGUUUCCAGCAUCCAGUGCGGUGAGACGCUGCGGGGCGUUGAGAGACUCGCAAGCGACGACAUCUCCAAGGACCGCCAGCCGCGCCGCUACGCUCGCGCCGCGGCCAUCCUGAAUGACCGAUCAUCCACUCGCCUGACCACCAAAUGGAGCGAGGAAGACCCCGAGACGGGCAGCCCCACCUUCGGCAGCCGCAUCACUCUGUAUGGCGACAAGGCGGGCGACGAGUACGCCCUCUACUUGGCCAUCGAGCUCAAGGAGGAGUUCCCCGAGUUCGUGAUGGAUGACGACGACGACGACGACGACGGCCCUGCGGAGAAGGCCGUGGUGGAGCUGCUGACCACGGCCAGGGGCAGCCAGCAGGAGGCUGCCGUGGCCAAGGCGAGGGAGCUGCUGGGCGAGGACGACGUGCGGCUGCUGUUUGGUAGCAUCUCGUACCAGGCACUGGUGGCACAGAGGGCAGCGGACAAUGAGCCGCUGCCGCCGCUCGUCUGAUGUGCUGCUGAACGGGGCUAGUGGAUGAGUGCUAGUGGGUAUCUGUUGCCUGCAUCUGUACAUAUACUGUCUUGUGUUCGUUGAGUGGAGGGGAAGCCACGAGGUGACUCAGCUCGGUUGCUGAUGAUUGUAGUAAUGAUUGUGUGUGGGUGGUGUGCCAGCGAUGGCGUGGUUGUCCGUCGUGCUGAUGUAUGCUGCAGCCGUCUUCGCGGCCGCAACAUGUAUCUAUCACAUGGGUGGCAACCACGCUAACGUCGGCUGGAGCCUGCACACGUGCCGAACCGACAAGAAUGAAGUGUCUAGUAGUGAGUAAUCUCUUGCGCAUGCUGGACCGAGCUAUUCCAUUCAUAUCUGAUGAUGUAUGUCAUGUCUUCAUCUUGUACGGAAA